AUGGAUAAAGAUAAAAGGUUGUUUGUAUCAACUUUAUUUAUCCAACUCUUAAAAUCACAUCAUAAAAUUGUAAGAGUAAAUGUUUUGAUUGUUUUCUUAAAUAUUACUAUAUUUUAUCUCUUAAUUUGCAUAUGCCGUUGUUUUUGCAUUACAAAAGAUUCUGUCAAAUAUUUUAAUUGCAAAUAUGUGUUAAAUGAUAAAUUAAAAGUAGGAUACGAAAGAUGUUUAUCGGAAGCAGAUGAACAUGAAUUGUUACAUGGAUUUUAUAUACCUGAAAGUAAGGUAGAAGAAAGAACUGUAAAUCAAGAAGAUUCACCAGAAGAAUCAUAUGAUUCAGAUGAUUCUUAUUCGGAAGAAAAUAAUUCAGCGAAUUAUAAUGACAAUGGAGAAAGUUUACAAAUGGAGUUAUUGAGGGAUUUAUGUAAAAAAUUAUCUUAUAUAUGGAUUUCUUUUUAUUUUGAAAUGCAAGAAAUUUAUCAAGAAAAAACAAGAAGAAUGAAUUCAAGUUGGAGAUUUAAUAUGUGGUAUUCUGAAUGGGUAAGUUAUUUAAAACUUUGCCAUGGCAUUAUAAUGAGGAUGAUGGUAAAUUUAAAUUUGUCUAUUGAAUAUAAGGAGAGUAAUUUUCAUAGUUGGUUGAAUUUCAUUAGUAGAGAUUUUCAAUCAUUUUUAAAAAAGGUUGAACAAAAUUGGAUUGGAUGUAAAAUAACUACUGAUGAUUUAGAUAGAUAA